AUGAGGGUAUUUUUUUUAUUUCUGUCCUUGGCACUGGGGGUCUCAUCGGAAGAGAGUGCAGUGGAGUGGGUAGGACUCGGAGAUCUGCUCCAUGUGGUGGGUCUUGCGCUUCGUGUUGUUCCACAUGCACCGCGUGAGUGGGACACUGCGACCAGCAACGGUCGUCGAGAGAGCUCGUUGGCUGUCCAUCUCUCUGGGGAUCUUGACGGGUGGGACAACCACCUUUUUCAUGUGGCUCAGACUGAACCGCGUGAGUUUCACCUUUGUGCGUCCGCAGGAUCUUGUCUUUCAGCUGCUGGGCCUCUUCCGGCAGCACCACCGAGUACACUGGUUGCUCCGGGUGGUGGUGGUGGUGGUGGUGGUGGCGGUGGCGACGUGAGCCGUGCUUGCCAGCAGGUUGCAGCCCCUCACGGGGUUUCGUCAAUUGCUCCCGCACAUUAG